GCUACUGAAAUCGUACUGACAUUUGCAGCGGGGUUUCAGGUAGAGGCCACUAAAGAUGAAUUAUACGUAGGCAAGGGACUAUCGUUUCCAAGUGAUCUAUCAUUCGUUACUAUUCCCGGUGUUCAAUAUGCCUUUGAUAAUAAUAACCUACCGCCUGGCACUCUAUCAAUUGCUACUGAUACCGUGUGGAUUUACUUUCUUACUGAUAAGAACACCAAUUUCAACGGUUGGCAAGUAUCAUGGACCGCAGUUUUAGACCCUUGCCACUGGGACCCGUGUAUGAAUGGAGGAACUUGUGUCGUAAACGCUGUCGAAAACACAUACACAUGUCAAUGUAGGCCUACAAGUUGCUACCUAGAUGACAGGUGUCAAAAAACAGUGAUGCAACCUUGUUCAAGUUCCCCUUGUUUAAAUGGUGGUACAUGUUCAGAUGUUAGUGACUGUUCUGCCUUUACUUGUUCGUGUCCUGCAUGCUACACAGGGUCGCUGUGUGAAAUAUUUACUGAUCCAUGUUCAUCCAAUCCUUGUACAAAUGGAGGAGUUUGCUCAUCUGCAGGUGAUAGCUGCUCUGCAUAUACAUGUGCAUGCAGCGCCUGUUUCAUGGGAGACAGAUGUGAAAUAGCUACACAAGGUUGCAGCCCUGACCCUUGUCAAAAUGGUGGAACCUGUUUUGAGAGCGGCAAUGGAUGUGGUGACUUCUCUUGUCAAUGUCGAGAUUGCUAUGAUGGAAAUACCUGCGAGAUAGAUACCAACUCAUGCAUGAGUAAUCCUUGUCAGAAUGGCGGCCAAUGCUAUCCUGCUAUUGGGGACUGUAACUACUUUGUUUGUCAAUGUACAGUCAACUGCUUCUCUGGAACCUUCUGUGAAAUUAGUUCGGAUGUUUGUGCUGUAAGUCUGUGUAUGAAUGGUGGCGUAUGUAAUGUAGACCCUGUCAACUGUCAAGCAUACACAUGUCAAUGUCCACAGUGCUAUGAUGGAGCAAACUGCCAGACAAAUAUAAAUCCGUGUCAGAGUAACCCGUGCUUGAAUGGCGGUGAGUGCAUGCCGAGUGACUCCUGCCAGGGGUACUCAUGUACCUGUCCCACAUGUUACAGUGGAAAUCAGUGUCUAACAUUUUCAGAUCCUUGCGGACCAGUGAAUCCAUGCUUGGGUGGUGGUACAUGUUCCCUGGAUUCCACAUCCAACACCUGUACCUACACCUGCACUUGCCCUGUAUGCAAAUCUGGAAGUAACUGUGAAUUGGACAUCAAUGCGUGUGCAGCAAUGCCGUGUCAGAAUGGAGCGACUUGCAUGCAAGGAAACACGUGUGACGAUUACCAGUGCGUUUGCUCAGAAUGCUGGGCAGGAAGCAAUUGUGACAUACUCAUUGACAAUUGUGCCUCAUCACCUUGCCAAAAUGGAGGUCUCUGUAUGAAUGGUUGUCCAAUUACUGAAGAUUUUACCUGUAGUUGCUCAGAUUGUUGGGGAGGAGAGUUUUGCACUGAAGAAAUCAAUGCUUGUAAUGGCAAUCCAUGUAUUAAUGGUGGAACCUGCUCCAAUUUCUGCUCCGAUUACAUGUGUACCUGUGCCACUGGCUACUCUGGAGAUAACUGCCAAAAUUAUAUCUGUGAUAAUAAUCCUUGUGCCAGUGGGACAUGUGUGCCAACGACCAGCUCGUUCAUCUGUGAAUGUGACUCAUGUCACUCUGGACAAUUCUGUCAAGAUGAUGUGGUGGCGUGUAACAGUCUGAGCUGCCAGAAUGGUGGUCAAUGUCUUGAAUUUUGCACUCACUUUACCUGUAAUUGUACUGAAAAUUAUGAUGGUCCCAGCUGUGAAUUUGACAAGAAUGCUUGUUUAAGUGGACCAUGUGUUAAUGGUGGGACAUGCGUUAAUCAGGGAAGUAAUAGUUACACCUGCACUUGCCCACCUGAAUACACUGGUAACACCUGUGCUGACUUGGUGGCAACUUGUAUGGUAAAUACUUGUAAGAAUGAUGGUGAUUGUAUAUCGUUCCCUAACGGCUUCAUCUGUCUUUGCAAGGGCCAGUGGACAGGAACCAACUGUGAUAUACGGAGACCAUGUGUAGAAAACUAUACUAUCCCGACUGAUGACUCCCUUGUCAUCCAAUCUAAUAAUUACCCGGAGAACUACAACAACGGAGACAACUGUCUUUGGAUCAUCUCAGUCGCAGCUGGUCGCAGAAUCCGUGUGUUGUUUGAUGACUUCUCGACAGAGCCCCAGUAUGAUUGGUUAGAAGCUGGUAAUGGUGACAACCCAGCCAACAUGUCAAGUAGAAUUAUUCGACACUCGGGGCCAGAUCUGCCAAGCAAUUUUAUAUCGACAGACAAUAAAGUUUAUAUUCAGUUUAUAGCCGAUGAUGACAAAACAGAAAAAGGAUUCCAAAUUACGCUGCAGGAUGAUGAGUUACCAAACACUAGGCCAUGUAAUAGUCUGCCGUGCCAGAAUGGAGGUACUUGUUAUGAUGUGAUUGAACGUUAUACAUGCACCUGUCCUUCAAACUUCAUUGGGACAAAUUGUCAAACCUCAAGUACCUGUAACCCAAACCCUUGUCAAAAUCUUGGUACGUGUACUCAGGAUCAGCAGGGUGGUGUCGUGUGUACUUGCAUAUCCGGCUUCAUUGGAGAUCGCUGUGAGACACCUGUUACCAAUGUAGAUUGCACAUCUUCUUCAUGUUACAAUGGAGGGACGUGUACACUAGGCUCUGACAACUCCAUCACAUGCCAGUGCAUGCCUUGGUUUAUGGGAACAUUCUGUGAAGAAGAUAUUGAUGAGUGUACGAGCAACCCAUGUCAGAAUGGAGGUACUUGUAUUAAUAGUGUAAAUCAAUUCUACUGCAGCUGUACAAAAGCUUUUCAAGGAGUUACUUGUCUAGAACCAAGUAAGUUUGUUAAUCUACCAAAAU